AUGUAUAGCAGUUCAGGAUCUUCAUCCCCUUCCCACCAUUAUGGUGGUUAUGGACACCAUAAUAUUCCCUCAUCUCCGUCUAUGGACUCAAUGAUAUUUAGUGUCGGAUCAAAAGAACAUGGUGGAGAUGAUAAGGUUAAAAAACGACAGGUUAGAUUACUCAAAAAUAGACAAUCAGCAGCACUAUCAAGAACAAGAAAGAAGGAAUAUAUUGUAAAUUUGGAGGAGAAGGGCCAAGAACUUCAAUUAUCUACAUUGACACUUAAAAAGAGUAUUUCCUUUUUGACACGUUGCAAUCAAGAAACUCUAAGCGAUAUACAGUUUCUUGAGAAGGAAUUAUCAUCCCUUUUGACUGAAAAUGAAAUAUUAAAAUCAAAAUUGAAUCAGCGCCACAACAACAACCAUCAUUUACCAACACCAUCAUUUCUUAGUGUAUCCAAUCCAAAUCUAAAUUCUCCAUCAAAUUAUUUAGCUCGUGCUAGGUCUGCUUCAUCUACAUCUAAUCUUCAACAAUUACAACAACAGCAACAACAACAACAAAAAAAUAAUAAUAAUAAUAAUAAUCCAUCAACAUCAUCAUCAUUGUCUAGGAAACCACCUUUACCAAAUUCAAUUCCAAUGAUUCCCGAAGAAUCAAAGUGUUGGUGUUUGGCAAGUGGUGUACCAAACCAUCAACACCAACACACCAACCCAUCAUCGACGUUGUCUCCAACCAACAGAAAGAAUCUAUUGGGGUACUACCAUCUUUCAAACUCAAAUCAACCAAAUCCAAAUCUCUCUACUUCGCCACCAUCCACCAACACUAGUACCAUAUCAACAACAACAACAACCUCUUCUCCCAUGGCUUUGGACAAACUAAUAUCAUAA